AUGGAGACCUGGCGUCAAUGUGCCCAGUGGCUGGUGGCCGCGCGGGUGCUGCCGGGGGGGCACCGGGCCAGCAGCGCCGUGGGGCAGGUCUGGGACCUGGCCCAGGCCCUGAGGGAUGGGGUCUUGCUCUGUCACCUCCUCAACGCCCUCCUGCCCCAGGCCGUGCCCCCCCGCGACAUCUGCCCCCGGCCCCAGAUGUCCCAGUUCCUGUGCCUGAGGAACAUCCGCACCUUCCUGACUGCCUGUGCCGACAAGUUCGGGCUCCCGAAGCACCGGCUCUUCGGCGCCUUCGACCUCUUCGAUGUCCACGACUUCGGCAAGGUCAUUGAGACCCUCUCGACGCUCUCCUGGACCCCCAUCGCCCAGAGCAAAGGCCUCAUGCCCUUCCCCACUGGUGACUAUGUUGGGGACGAGGACAUCUACAGCGGCCUCUCCGACCUCAUUGACGACACGGCGGAGGAGGACGAUGACCUCUACGACUGCGUGGAGGCCGAAGGCGACGACGGCGACGACGUCUACGAGGACCUGAUGCGAGUGGAGCCCCCCCCGGCCACGAAGGUGGAGGUGGAUCAGAGGCUCUGCUGCCUCCAGGAGCUGAGGCUGACGGAGGAGAGGUACACGGAGACACUGGAGAAGAUCUGUCAGUACUUCCUGCGGCCGCUGCGGCACUUCCUGCAGCCCCAGGACCUGGAGAGCAUCUUCAUCAACAUCGAGGACCUGCUGCAGCUGCACCGGCUCUUCCUGGGGGAGCUGCGGGAGGCACUUGGGGGGCCCGGGGGGGCCCGAGGGCUGCCCCCCCUUUUCUUGGCCUACAAGGAGAGGUUCCUGCUCUACGGCCGCUACUGCAGCCAAGUGGAAGCGGCCGCGCGGCGCCUGGAGCAUCUCUCCUCCAGCACCGACCUGCACAUGAAGCUGCAGGAGUGCUCCCAACGAGCCAACAAUGGGCACUUCUCCCUCCGGGACCUGCUGAUGGUGCCGAUGCAGCGGGUGCUCAAGUACCACCUCCUGCUGCAGGAGCUGGUGAAGUUGACCCCAGACCCAGCUGAGAAGGAGAGGCUGAAGGUGGCCCUGGAUGCAAUGAGAGACCUGGCGCAAUGCGUGAACGAGGUGAAACGGGACAACGAGACCCUGAAGCAGCUCACGAGCGUCCAGCUUUGCCUCCAUAACAUGCCGCAGUCCCUGGCACAGUUUGGGCGCCUCAAGAUCGAUGGAGAACUGAAGGUGUCCAGCACGGAGCGGAGAUCCAGGGUGGACAGGUACGGAUUCCUCCUGGACAAGGCUCUCAUCAUCUGCAAGCGCCGGGGGGACUCCUAUGAGGCCAAGGACGUGGUGGACCUGCAGAGCCACCAAGUGCGGGAUGGGGGCAUCAGCGCCCGCGACGGCAAGAAGUGGACCCACACGUUCCUGCUCAUCGAGGCUGGAGGUCUCCAGGGCUACGAGCUCUUCUUCAAGACCCAUGAGCUGAAGAAGAAGUGGCUGGAGCAGUUCGAGAUGGCCCUGUCCAACAUCUUCCCUGAGCACGCGCUGGCGGAUGGACAUGAAUUCCAGAUGUUCUCCUUCGAGGACACCACGUCCUGCAGGGCCUGCCAGAUGUUGCUGAGGGGCACGUUCUACCAGGGCUAUCGCUGCAGCCGGUGCCGGGCCCCCGCGCACAAGGAAUGUCUGGGGCGGGUUGGGACCUGCGGUAGGGCCAGCACCGAUUCCAACUCCGGCCCCAGGAAGAACAAGCCCCAGCGGCCAGGCCCUGAGAAGGAGAGAGGAGGACUUGGGUUGCCCAAGAUGGAAGCCCAUCAGCCCUAUAGCGGGGUCCCCCCACCACCGGGCGCUAUGGGGCCGGGCCUGCGCCUCAGCCCUGGGGACGUCCUGGAGGUCACCGUGGCCGAGGCGGAGCAGCUCUGGUGGCAGGGCCGGAACAUGGCCACCGGUGACCUGGGCUGGUUCCCCUGUGCUGCUGUGAAACCCUUCAUCUGCGUGCCGCUGCCGGAUCUCUCCAUCUACCCCUGGUACGCCGGCCCCAUGGAGCGGGCGGAAGCGGAGCAGCUCCUUGCAUCCCGCUCCGACGGCUCCUUCCUGGUGCGGCAGCGGGUGAAGGAUGCGGCCGAGUUCGCCAUCAGCAUCAAGUACCAUGGGGAGGUGAAGCACAUCAAGGUGAUGACGGCGGACGGGCUCUACCGCGUCACCGAGAAGAAGGCGUUCAAGGGGCUGGUGGAGCUGGUGGGGUUCUACCAGCGCAGCUCGCUCAAGGAUGGCUUCAAGGCGUUGGACACGGCGUUAGUGGUGCCCUUCAAGGAGCCCGAGAGUAGGGAUGGAGCCCGGGCAGAGGGUGCCGUGCGCAGCUUUGGCUCAGCCAAGGCUCGCUACGACUUCAGCGCCCGGGACCGGACGGAGCUGACGCUGCGGGAGGGGGACAUCGUGCGGGUGCUGAGCAAGAAGGGGCACCCAGGGUGGUGGAAAGGGGAGGUCUAUGGACGGGUCGGAUGGUUCCCAGCCAACUACGUGGAAGAGGAUUACUCGGAAUACUGCUGACCAUGUAUGGAUCCUCACCCAUCCCACCCUGCCUCCUAUGGCCCCACCACUGUCCCCAUGUUAACUUAUGCCUCCUCCUGCCCUGGAGGGACAAUAAACAGGGAUCAGAUCCCAUGGGAAGAG